AGUUACCGUCCAAGAGACUCGUACGUAAGUACGUAUACACGAAUCGGUGAUCAAAAAAAAAAAAAAAAACAAAAAAAAAAGUGAAUAAAAAUUAAUUAAUUUCACCAAAAAAAAAAAUCAAUUUUCCCCCUCAAUAAAAAUUUUUUAUUUUUUUGCCAAAAAGAAUUAUUUAAAUUUUUCCCCCGUUUGGCGCGCUUUCUUGGGGGGUUCACAAAUGUGGGAUUCACUAUCCCCACUCUCACCCUUAUAGCAAUUCUAAAAGGUGUGAGGGGGAAAAAGAAUUUUCCAAGUGUUGUGAAGGAAAAAAGAAUUUAAAAGAAAGGACGGAAAAGGGCAUUGAAGAGAGAGAGAGAGAGAAAGGAAAAAGGGGAAGAGAGAGAGAGAGAGAGAAAAGAAGGGAAAAAGGGGAGAAGGAGAGGGAGAGAGCGAGAGAGAAGACGCCGCGUGGACAGCUGUGUAGCCGGUUCUAAGUUGCCCAUUCGUCGCUACGUUUUCGUGACAGAUGAGAUAGCACCGGAGUUUUCGAGUUUUCGAACUCGGCGUUCGAAUGCCGAUUAUUUAUUAUUAUUAGAGAAAAAAGUGCAAAAAAUUGAUUAAUUAAUAAAAAAAAAUUGAUAAAAAAAAAAUCUCCCCUCCCCUUUCAAAAAAAGAGAAAAAAGCGCGAAAAUUCACUACUGAUGAAUUUAAAAAGUGGGAGGAUAUUAAAGUGAAAUUUUUUAUUUUAUUUCUGUAAACAGAAUUUUUUUUUUUUUCUUUUUUUUUGUUAACGUGAUAGAAGAAUAAAAAAACAGUAAUCAUGUUUAAAUUGCUGGGCGAUUUAAGGACCUACUUCAAAUAUCAUGAGAUUUCAACGGAUUCAAUGGUGUUUCGACUCCAUAAUCAUUUUACGGCAGCAUUACUUUUUAUGUGUUCGAUGAUUAUUUCCGCUAAUCAAUAUGUAGGGAGUCCAAUUUCGUGUAUUGUUGAGGGACUACCAAAGUAUCCAAUCAACACAUACUGUUGGAUUAUGUCAACGUUUACGAUGCCGGAUGCCUUUAAUCGGCAGGUUGGUGUGGAUGUUGCACAUCCGGGUGUUUCCAAUGAUUUUGGAAAUGUUAAUGCCAGAAAAUAUUACACGUACUAUCAAUGGGUCUGUUUUGCACUAUUUUUCCAGGCAAUAUUGUGUUAUCUGCCCCACUACAUAUGGAAAAUAUGGGAAGGCAAUUUGAUACGAUCUUUGGUAAUGGGUUUAAAUCAUGGCCUUGAAGAGGAAGAAACAAUAACCAAAAAAAAGGAUAAUUUGAUGAAUUAUUUGAUGACACACAUAAAAUGUCACAACUCGUACGUCUAUCGUUACUUUAGCUGCGAAGUCUUGUGCCUGAUAAACAUUGUAACACAACUUUAUUUGAUGAAUCUAUUCUUUGACGGUGAAUUUCUCAGCUAUGGAUUAAGAGUACUACAAAUAUCUGAUAUACCACAGGAGAAUCGUGUUGAUCCAAUGGUUUAUGUAUUUCCACGUGUUACAAAAUGUAUCUUUCAUAAAUAUGGAGCAUCAGGAUCAAUACAAAAACACGAUUCACUUUGUGUUUUACCAUUAAAUGUUGUUAAUGAAAAAACAUAUAUUUUCAUUUGGUUUUGGUAUUUAAUUCUAUUGGGAUUACUCACUGGCCUAUUAACAUAUCGAGCUGCAAUUAUAUUUGCACCAUCAAUAAGACCAAGAAUUCUUCAAUUAUCAUCGAGAUUAUUGCCAAUUGAAACAUGUCAAAGUAUCAAUAAAAAAAUAGCAUUAGGUGACUGGUGGAUACUCUAUAAUUUAUCGUCAAAUAUUGAUUCGUUAAUUUAUCGUGAUCUUAUGCAGGAAUUGACGAAAAAAAUGGGUGAUACAAAUCUUGCGCCAAGUGAAUCAUUAAAACAAGCCUGAUAAUAUAUUUUUUAUUUUUUCGAAUAUCCCACGUGAAAAAUGGUUCCACUUUGAAAAAAAUCUUAAAAAUUCCUUGUUGGAAAUUUCGAUAAAUUUUUUUUUUCAUAUAAAUAUUUUUCAACAUAAACUGAAUUAAAAUUGUUUGCAUUGACAUUACACUUGAGAAAACUUUAUUAAAGUCAUUUUAUUUGUAUUAUUUAUGAAAGUAAUCUUUUAGGUUAGGAACUUGUUUAAUUGAUAGACAUGAUAACCUAACCUAACUAUUUCUAACCUAAAAGUUUUUUAUUUUUUACUUUCAUUAAUAGUUUAAAUACAAAUUGUAAUUAAUUAUUAUAAAUAAUUAAUUAGCAAAUUAUUUAACAAUAAUUUUAAUUCAGGUAUGUAUAGAAAACAUGAGUUUUUCAUUCUAGGUUAUAUGGAAAAAAAAAUUGAUUGAAAUUUCCAACAUGAAUUUUUCCAAGAGUUUCCAGUGGUCAACUUCCUUUAAACUUUUUGUAAACAAAAAAUAUGCCUACAUCGCAGGGUUUCUUGGCCAAUAUUUUAAUAUUAUCGUUGUUAAGGAAUAAAACGGUUAUGGUAAUGGUUGUCAUGGAAACGGUUGCUAUGGAAACAGUUACUAUAGAAACGGUUGCUAUGGAAACGGUGACUAUGGUAACCGUUGUUAUGGAAACGGUUGCUAUGGUAACCGUUGCUAUGGAAACGGUUGCUAUGGAAACAGUUACUAUAGAAACGGUUGCUAUGGAAACGGUGACUAUGGUAACCGUUGUUAUGGAAACGGUUGCUAUGGUAACCGUUGCUAUGGAAACGGUUGCUAUGGAAACAGUUACUAUAGAAACGGUUGCUAUGGAAACUGUUGUCAUGGAAACGGUGACUAUGGUAACCGUUGCUAUGGAAACUGUUGCUAUGGAAACUGUUAGUUACUAUGGCAACAGUUACUAUGGAAACGGUUGCUAUGGAAACUGUUGUCAUGGAAACGGUGACUAUGGUAACCGUUGCUAUGGAAACUGUUGCUAUGGAAACUGUUGCUAUGGAAACUGUUAGUUACUAUGGCAACAGUUACUAUGGAAGCGGUUGCUAUGGAAACUGUUGCUAUGGAAACUGUUAGUUACUAUGGCAACAGUUACUAUGGAAACGGUUGCUAUGGAAACUGUUAGUUACUAUGGCAACAGUUACUAUGGAAACGGUUGCUAUGGAAACUGUUAGUUACUAUGGAAACGGUUGCUAUGGAAACUGUUGUCAUGGAAACGGUGACUAUGGUAACCGUUGCUAUUGAAACAGUAAUCAUGGAAACGGUUGCUAUGGUAAUUGUUACCAUGACAACAAUAGCCUGGGACACGAAACCCUAAAAACGCUAGGAAGAUAUUUUUUUUCAUUUUUUCUCUCGAUCGUUCCAAGAUUAUUUUUUUUUUUUUUGGAUUCUAAUUUUUUUCGACACAAAAAAUAUUGAGAUUGUACUCCUUCCUUUUUACAAAAAAAAAAAAAAAAAAAGAAUGUUAACAUUCCUUAAAAAAGCUGACGGCAUCAAUACUCGAAAAUAGGAUUAAAAAAAAGGGAAAGGAUAGCCGUCCAAUGUAGAUUAGAUUCGUGACUUAGAGUAUAAAAUUUUUUUUUACCAUUUUCUAAUGUUUCUUAAUUUUUUUUGUGCUAUCUCCGAUUUUUUUUUGUAAUUUCUGUUCUAAUUGCAAAAAAAUACAGAAAUUACAAAUAUCGAAUAUUAAUAAAAAUGUACUAAACAAAAAAAAGAGAGAGAAAAAAAAUGGUACUUUUUUGUACCUAUUUUUACAUAUUUGUUAAACAUUAGAAAAUUUAAAUAUUUACAAAAAAAAAAAACGGUCACUUUAUAUAUAUAGAAUUUAUAUAAGAUCAAUUAUAGGCAAACGAUGCCUCGUAUAGCGAAUAUAUAUAUUUUUAUAUAAUAUAUAGAUAUGUAUAUGUGAAAAAAGAAGAGCGAGCGUUUAAUAAAAAAGGAAAAAUCUUUUUUUUUUCCAUAUAGAAUUCAUUUCAAGGAAGGUCGAGACUGCUCAAAAGAUAAAUGACUACGUGUUAAUAUUUGUGAUUGUUAUAAACAAAACAAAAAUCUGCCACACAUUUUUUUUUUAAGCAAAACUUUUUGCAAAGACUGAUGAGAUUGUUAAAUGUUCCUUUUUUUGGAUUUUCGAUUCAAAAAAAAAAAAAAAAUUGUUCUUUUUCGAAGCUCAAAACUGAUUGUAACGCCGAGCGUGCCUUUCUGAGAUUCGAAUGCUUUGUGCAAUUAUUAUUUUUUUAAACAAUGAAGCCGAAGAUUUCAAUUUUUUUAAAAAAAAAUUUGCGAAAUUAAAAAAAGCUUUUUCUCCAUUACUCAGGAAAAAAAAUUUGUUUCAAACAAAUUUUUGAAUCAACCAAAUGAAUGUUAACUUUUGUUUCAAUAAAUCAAAAGUUUAUUUGUCUCAAUCAAAUUUUUUUAUCAUUCGAAUAAUGUAUCGAAACGUUUAUUUUAGAGCAAAUAAAUAUUUAUUUUAAUCAAAGAAUUUUGAGAAAUUGAACAAAAUUCUCCUUUUUUUGGGGGGGAAAUUUUGAUUUGAAAUCUUUUACUUCAUUUUUCAAGAUCUUCAUAGAGAAAUAGAGGCUCGCGCGUAUUCGCUCUUUGUGAGAAGAAGAAAAAAAAAUGUUUCAUCAUUCGACAAUUUAAGAGAUUUAUAGGAAAAUACCUAUGAUUCUUUUUUUUUUAAAUAGAGUUGUGCAUAUCUGAGAUAGAGAAGUAUUUUUUAAACUAGAUUUUAGUAGCGACAGAAUUGAUGAGGGGGAAGAUAAUAAUUAUAUAUAUACAGGGUGAUCAAAAUGUAGCGGAACCGGAAAAAAAAUCUAAACCAAAUUUUUUGAUUUUUAAACAAAAAUUCGAUUUCGAAAAAAAAUUUUUUGCAGGCUCUGAUAUAUUUUGAUAACCCUGUCUAUAUAUACAAAAAAAAUAUAUAUAUAUUUAAAACGGUGUUUUGAGAAAAUGCCGUUUACUUUCUGUGACUACGUAGAUGAAUAAGAGAUUUUUUUUUCCAUCGAAUAAAAAAUAAGUUCAGUUAUGUACCAAAUAUCUUUGUAGGAGAAUUAAAUGAUGAAUUGUGCAGCUGA